CGGCAAACUGAAACUUUUGGCAGACGGACGGAAUCAAAAUUUCAAGAAAAGUUUGGGAAGCGCGGCAAUGCCCGAGACGUCCAUUUUAAAGUCAUAUUACGCUCUCUCAUAGCAGCAAGCUCAGCAGCGGGGCCAAUGACACAGUAGCAUAGAGUCCCAUGUUCGUCCUCAUCGGCGUCAGGGAUACCGUCCCGGUCAAGCCCGAGGCAUUCGAGAUCCCCGCAGCGAUCACCAUCCAAGAUGCCAUCAACAAAAAAUACGCCAACAAGUUGAUACCUCAGAAAGGUCUUGGCUUGUCCUGUUUUGACAUUCUCACCGCUGAAGAUGGUCGUGUGACAUGGGGUAACGGUCUGAUGUAUUACAAAGUCUCCUUUCGCUUGCUGUUAUUCGCCCCAUUCAUCGGUGAAGUCUUGGUCGGUCAAGUCUUGUCAACGACAAAGUCGUACAUCAGGGUGUCCAUGGGGUUUUUUAAUGACAUUUACAUUACGCCCAAUCUCCUGCCGCCGAAUUCUGCCUAUGACCCGAAUGAGGAGAGGUUCUUCUGGCUAUCUGAUCCGGAGCCCGAGGACAGGGUAUACACCCAACAUGAGCUCCUCAAUACCGUCGUGACGUCCCGUCUCUUUAUCGAUCCCGGUGAACCCAUACGGUUCCGCGUCUCAGACAUUGAAUGGCAAGAUGUCAGACCACAACCCAAAGCUCGGCAUGAUAUUGCCAAUGGGCAUGAGGAAGAGUCAGAGGAAGACCCGUUUCAUAAAGCCGGGUACAAGAUUUUCGCCACCAUUGCGGACGUCGGGCUGGGUGUGGUGUCGUGGUGGGCAGAUGCAGAGGAAGUGGGUGAAGAGGCGAUGGACGAGAGCUAGACAUCUAAUGACUUUCUUAUGUUAU